AUGUCAACAUCGUCGGCAAAAACUGCCCGACGGUGGCGGCACCUUCUAACACUGUACGAGAAGGAUGAUUAUGUGCAUCUGUGGCCAGAGAAAGUCCGCACCGUACUCGCCGAGCAUGGCUUUGCCUACAGUCCCAUCAAGGCCAACCGCAACCGGCUUCGAUGUGUGUUUUGCAAACAGCAUGAGACCUACGACGAGAACAGUGGGACACCGGGUGUACUACAGGAUCAUUUGAGCUCCCAUCCUGAAUGCCAUGCCCUGUUAAUAGCCAUGGCCCUGCUUAAUGAGCACCUGUCCGCGAGUGAGCGUAUCACCCGGUUUCAGAGUCUGGGAAAUAGCGCAAUAACUGAACCGUUUGCUCACUCCAGUCUACUAUGGCGACUUGACCUGUUCCGUGAUUUUGCCAAGCUACCACCAGGGUGUCCUACGCCCCGUCAAAUGGCCGAAGCAGGGUUUAUCUUCAGCCAAGCGAGACCUGAUCAAGUGUACUGUAUAUAUUGUGGGCUUGCUUUGGACAGCUGGGAAGUGGGUGAUGACCCCAUUGUUGAACACGCGAACCACCACCUGGGAUACUGCUUUUAUUUGAGAACCUUUCGUCAAUUGGAGGAACUCAAUUCAGAGGAUAGCGAGGUGGUAAAUUUGGAGGAGAUAGAGCCUCGCCUGGAUAUACGAAAAUCUCUGGGUACAACAGCGGAUCCCGAUGUAACCUCAGAUGCCCUGAACUCCGCUGUAGCUGACAGUGCGGACGAAAGUGUGCCUCAAGAGGUGUCCAUCAAUCCAGUUGAUGAACCCUCGAACGGCGUGAACCUAUCAAAGAGUUCGAAUUCGCCUGAUGAAAUCAAUAUGGAGGACCCACCAGUGGAUAGUCUAGACCUGCCAGAUCAUAAUGACUUUAAUGACGCCCCUCUGCCUGAGAACGUUGCGAAUGAGAUAAUUGCCUCGCCAAAACAUAGUAACUCAUUCAAGAUCGUCAAAUCGCCAAAAUCCUCAAGGGUCAAUAACUAUGAGUCUGACGGUCCCCAUAGUGUAUCGCAGACGUCUCGGCCUUCGCUCGUACCGCCCACAGCUUUUCUCAGAGCAUCACUGGAAGCGCCUCUGCGAAUUGGACACCGUUCUCGACGGUAUCACAAUCACGCUCGUCCUGACACGCUGAACGAUAAGUACUGGGACAAAAAGCCGGAUUUGGCCUUACUCACAAGUCUUUUGGCAGUGCCGGCACCCAAUGAGACAACACCAUUUCAAACUCAGCAAAUUCUGCCUGCGAAACAACCAGUAUCAUCCUUUCUGCUUGGCCUCUCGGGUAUUGAUGAGCCUCCUGAAGCAGGACAGGAUUAUGAGGCAGAUUACGACUCUCCGCUUAAAAAAUCCCUAGGCCGGCCGAAGUCGCGAGUCCCUGAUUCACCACUAAAAGGGCGCAGGAAGCUUUUUGGUGGAAGGUCACCUUCUCCAUCCAAUGUGCGUGAGAAAGAGAGUUCGCCGCCAUUUUUUGUUCACCCUCAAAGUUCGCCUAAUUUGAACGGUGAGAGCGUUUCUCAGGAGCGUGAUCAGAGCGAAGCUGACAAUCAUGGGGAUGAUUUUGGUCCCGAUCUUUUCUCUGAUCAAAAUGAGGAUGAAAACAGUGACAUGACAGAGGAUAUUGCUAAUAUGAGAAUCGUGGCCGAAGAACGAAGAUCGGUUUUUCAUGAUACUUCUGAUGAGUCUCGCACUAAUGAAACCCCGGUCAAGGUUUCUACUUAUGAACCCCCUCGUGAUGAAUAUCCCCAUGAUGAAGUCCCCCGUGGUGAACCUCCCGUCGAUGAUUCCAAUGAUGUCGACUCCAAUAUGAAAACUUUAUCAAAUGUCUGUGAGCCCCAAGGUACCUCAAAUGCGAUGGAUGCGAUGGAUGAAGAGAAAUCUGAGACGAUGGAUGUUCCCCCUGCUCAUGCAAGCAGUGCUGCUCAACCAACUUCUUUGCUGAAACUGUCUAAAUCCCAGAACAAGGUUACAAAACCAAAGAAGAGAGGACGACCUAAAAAAAGUAAAACAUCGAUUGUUGAUCAGGAUGCGGUGAGUCUUUCCCUUGAAACAAAGACUGAAGUGGAUACCAUACCGCGUAAAAGAGGCCGGCCCAAGAGAACUCUCGUUCCCUCAGCCAUUGCCGUUGACGACAAAAGCGAUGAACGAUCGUCUGUUUUAGCUAGUGAUGAGAUUUCUGGCAAAUUGAGAAACCGGGGACACCUCAAAAAAGUAGGAGAGCCGGAAACCAUGGAGGAAAACCAGUCAACUAUUGAAGAGAUCACCGAAAAACAAGGACUGGGGCGUUCAAGAAGAGGAAACCGCCGGUACGCUGCUACAAAAGGCGUUGUUUUAAGUAAACUGCUUCAUGAUCAAGAUUCUCAAGAACAGGAUUUGAUCCAAAGGGGUGCUACGUCAACUAUCGAUGCUGUUGCCACUCCUGCGGGCCUCACCAAUGAAAUUGCAACUGUGCUGACUCAACCUGACCACGUUGACAAAAAUGAAGCUUCAAAGAUACCUGAGGAGAUUAAUUCGACCGAUGCUACAGCCAAUCCUGAGGCAAAGCCAAAGAAAAGAGGAAGAGGAAGACCUAGAAAAGUGAAAGAAGUGGCGAUCACGCGAGACGAUGCACAAAUAGCAGAGGAGAAAGUGCCAGCAUCAGAUGCAAAAGUUGCUGAAGUCUCGGAUCAAAUAAAUCGUCCCAAAAGAACACGUCGUAAGCCAGCGAGAGAGGCUGAACAUCAAGGACUGGGCACCACCUUAGAAAGCGAGAAGUUGGUGAACACUAAUCAGAAUGUGCAACAAAAUAAGGAGGUACUGCUUAGUCAAAUCUCAAACCAGGAUGGCAUGAACUCUCUUAAUGACUCAACGACGCGCAAGUCGGUUAACGCAUCCCCGCGAGUAACUUCCUCGUCCCUUCAUGAUGAGGCGAUGGAUGGAAUUGGCCAUGUCGAACUUCAGAAGUUAGCAAGUGAACCCCAUAGUCCACAUUCGGAUAUUGAGCCCAUUGAAGUUGACGAAGUCGAUCUUGAUCAAUUGCGCACUUCAAAACAAUAUGCUGAACGAGUAGGGACGGAAGAUUCUAGUAUUAACACUAAUCUCCAUGAGAAACAGCGCCUUGAAGCCAAAAUUGCUGAACCAGAUCGCUCAGAAGCUAAGGGUCCAGUGGCUGCACGUGUUGAGACUACAGUAGAAUCUGAUCAAGAGGCAGUUGAGAGGGAAAGAGAGCGUCAAGAGGUUCAGCGGCAGGAGGCUGAGCGGCAGGAGGCUAAGCGUCAAGAGGAGGAACGCCUUGAGAAGGAACGCCUUGAGAAGGAACGCCUUGAGAAGGAACGCCUUGAGAAGGAACGCCUUGAGAAGGAACGCCUUGAGAAGGAACGUCAAGAAAAGGAACGUUUUGAGAUGGAGCGUCUUGAGAUGGAACUUCAGGAUAAGGAGCGUCAAGAGAAGGAACGCCUUGAGAAGGAACGCCUUGAGAAAGAACGCCUUGAGAAAGAACGUCAAGAAAAGGAACAGCAGGAGAAGGUACGCCUUGAGAAGGAACAACAGGAGACGGAGCGUCAAGAGAAGGAACGUCAAGAGAAGGAACGUCAAGAGAAGGAGCGUCAAGAGAAGGAGCGUCAAGAAGCCGAGCGUUUUUAUUUGAAUGAGCUAGCUCACGAGUCUGAUCUGAUCGUUGCGUCCGACUCAAGCGUCUCUUACAAGGAUGUUCAUCAAUCACCUUCUCGCUUCUCACAAGAAGAACACGUUGAGGUAUCAGAAUUUCGAGACAGCCGGCUUCAUCUUGAGAUCUCAGGUAAAGAUGAACAUGUGGAUUUUACGCACGAAGUUUAUGCGGACAAUCACUCUGAAGGUUCGCGGAAAGACCUGUGGUCACAAACUCCAUAUGAGGGUCACUUAGUGCUUGAAGAUUUCGUCAACAUACCCGCUGAUGAGCCGAAUAUCGACGCUGACAUAGUGCACCAACGAUCAGAGCCUCAGUAUCCUCGAGCGAUUCAUCCGAUUUCCACAGACGUUGGCAAUCAAGCUGACAGAAAUAUCAAACAGGCCCAGAAGGUGAAUGGCGCAGUGCAAUCCGAGGUGCCGCCAGUCUUCGACGAAACCAUGGCCACAUUUUUCCCGUUGCCGAUAGACCUGUCGCGGGAAUCUAGCUCCUUAUCGUCUCUGCCUAUACGUGUCGGUGCCGACGUCUCCGAGGCGGCAAAUGCUAGUAAGUCUCCGAUUGUUGGACCUUAUUCCUCAAGUGAUGACUUGAGUGAAUCGGAGUUGCAUGAUGAUGUUAUGAAUCCAUCUGGCAAGCGGCACGAGAGUUGGCGAAAACGUCGCACGAGUGAUGCUAGUGAAUCUCCAACUAAAAAGCUGAAAUCGCCAGCUUUGACUGAAGUUGAAAAUACAGGUGUACUCGAUGUUGUCACAUAUAAACGCGCGGAGACUGGUCUGGAUCGGUAUUCUGAGGACUCAUCAGAUGAGUCAAUCAUUGCGUCACCUAAGGCUGACCACCGGGAAGCAACAAACAAGGCAAGCAGGCUUCCAUCAUAUACGGUUUCUUCGCCGAGAUCACCCAAGUUGAGGGAAGAUUCACAAUCUAGAUUAUCAUGGGGAGCACGAAUUGAAGAACUUCACGAUGAGAAAGAGUCACAGAAGGAACCGACGCUAUUGGAAAAUAAAGAGGAGGAAGUCAAUGGAAAGCUCAUUAUUAUCAGCGACAGUGAGGAUGAGAUUGUGAGAGCUAAAAAUGGUUCUCAUGAAGGUUCUAAGCAUGGCACAGACUCUAACUCAUCCGAGAUUGAUCCAUUCGACUUCACACAUUGGAGCCAAGAGGAUGAGCUGGUGGAACCUACCCACCAGAGUAAUGUUCUGUUGCAUUCCAUUGAUCGCAAUCGCAAUGAGAACCUCGUCAGUUCAGUUCUGCCUAACAAAUCAUCAUUUGAUCUUUCGGUGAAGGAUAGUGGUUCCAGAAGUCGUCAUGAUACCAGUCAUGGUUCUAAUAAAUCCAUAUUGGAUGAGUUAUCGAUGGUGUCUAUACCUCGUGGAUCCAUAACGAGAGCGCUGCCGCCUACUCAUGCACCACCGACCACGGCAUCUGAUGUGAGAAAGGUUCUGUUUCGGGAACAACCCGAAUUGAAAGCUCCGAAACUUCGCGAAAGCGAACGUUUGAUGGCAAAAUAUGGUCUGGCAAUCAAUACGCCCCGUCGGCGACGCCCUCGUUCCUCACUGGCAGCAUUUUCGCCGAUCGACUUUGACUUGGCCACAGCGUCUACGCCGAAACGACACCAUGACGACCCGCCUUUGCCUGAGGAGCCGUUUGAUGAAGUAUUGAAGCUGCACCAGCAAAAUUUGAAUCGAGUUGAGGCUAUAUCCAGCUACUUGCGACUGGUGGUGCAUACACCUUACAGUCUUCAUGACGAUGCCGACGGCGUGCUCUCAAGUUUUGUGGCAGGAAUGCCGGAGCAUGAGAAAGAGAUGACUAUUGAAGAGUGGAUAAACCACAUGGCAAAAAUCACCUGCAAUAACGUGGGUGAAGAAGUCGAGCAAUUGACGAAAGUUUACGAAAAGCAUUAUUACCAAGGGCUCUCCUGGCUUGAGGCACUUGAGACAGAUGACUAA